CGCCGUUUCGCAGAAGUAGGACAUCCGUUGGAUUGUGUAUGCUCAUAAAAGUUUGCAUUUUGCGCAUUCGUGUCGAGUAUGACACCACGUUUCUCGCCAAGAUCACAAUAAUAUUAGCAUUUAUCGAAAAAUCAUAUCAACCUUUCGGUGUUUUUGUACGGGAUUUUCGAGAUGGAAUAUUGUUAUUAGAGAAUAACAUCUUCGGGGCGUGUACGGAAUUAUUUCGAUUCGAGUUUUUACCGGCUUGUUACAAGGUGAAUAGCGAAGCAACGGCGAUCGUUAUACAAAAAGAAUGGCAAUCUACAUACAUCAUCCGAGUUGAAUCACCAUAGGAGAAUCGUUCUAAACGUAACGAUGAUUGAACAUUUCGUUUUCUUAACGGCGGGGUUUAUUGAACUAAUAUUACAGGCGUUUCGUUAAUUUACAUCACGUCAAAUGAAUGUUUUUCAACAAUUACGAGCACUGAUUUUUCUCUUCCCUCCACAAUGAACUUAAUUUCCAUUACCUAUCACUAACGAACA